AUGUCCAAGCCUGUAAAACUUCUAUUCCUACACGGCUACACCCAAUCUGGCCCCCUUUUCUCCGCCAAAACCAAGGCUCUGGAAAAGGCCCUUCUCAAAUCCCUCCCUCCCCAAUCCGCCCUCUACUACCCGACCGCUCCGCACCCACUCUCCCCCUCCGACCUCCCAGGAGACCCAUCAUCCCCCGACGCUCCCACCGCCCCGAUCGAAAACUACGCCUGGUGGCGCCGCAACGGCGAGACGGGGGAAUACCUCGGCAUAGAUGAGACCUGGAACUUCCUCUCGAGCUACCUGGACGCCAACGGUCCGUUCGACGGAGUGGUUGGAUUUUCACAGGGCGCGGCUCUGGCAGUGAUGCUCGUCUCGCUGCUGGAGCGGGAGUUAAGCAGGAAGACGCCGGAGAGCUUCUCGACGACUCAUUCGCCGCUCAGAUUCGGCGUGUGCUACUCUGGUUUUAGGGCCACGGGGAAUUACGACUACUUUUACGAGCCGAAAAUCCGGACACCCGUAUUGCAUGUUUUGGGGUCGUUGGAUACGGUUGUCGAUGAGGAGAGGAGCUUGAAGCUUUCGAGGGCUUGCGUGGGCGGGGAGGAGAGGAAAGUGUAUCAUCCUGGAGGUCAUUACUUGCCUGCCGGGAAGCAGUAUGCGAAUAUGUUACUAGCAUAUAUUCUUGAGCAUACAAAGGCGCCUGGUGGGGAGGAGAAGGGAGUUAGUGUGGAGGUUGUGGAUAUCCCAAGCCCGAGUACGGUUUCUUAGGCGGGCCGAUCAACUAGAGAUAGAAUGACGGGUAAAUUAAUGAUAGACAAAGAUAGAGAGCGGUUCUUCAGGAGCGCUCGAUGGUUUGA